GUCGUAAGUCUCAACGGCUGCGUCUCUAAUAUUUAACGGCGAAGACCUUGCCAGCAGAAAGAGAAGAAAGGCGGAGUAGCCACUGAAGUGAAGCGAAGCAAAGCGGGAAGGAAGACUGAAGAGAAGCCCUUUCCUGUUGACUCACCCAGUCAAUUUUUUCUCGGAAGGUUAGUCAGUUGCUACAGCGAUAUCAAAACCCAGUUGGAAGAGGGAAACGGAGCGAUGAAAAUGAGGGAUCGUUGCCUUCAUUGCCGUAAUCGACGAUCCCCUGCCUUCUCCGCCGCUUCUUCUGCGAUGACUUCUUGCAGAUUCCUCCUCUUCUUCUGCUCCGCAAUUCUGCUGUCUGCGGCAACCAGCUCAUAUGGGUCGAGAGAUGGGACUCAGAAAUCCGGGAAGUCGUCUGUGUUUUCUCUGUUCAAUCUCAAAGAGAAGAGUAGAUUUUGGAGCGAAGCUGUUAUACGCAGUGAUUUUGACGAUUUGGCGUCCUCAAACCCUGCCAAAAUGGGACUUAUAAAUUACACCAAGGCAGGAAAUAUUGCGAAUUAUCUAAUGCUUCAAGAAGUGGAUGCUAUGUACCUACCAGUCCCCGUAAAUUUCAUUUUUGUUGGAUUUGAAGGAAAGGGGAAUCGAGAUUUCAAGCUCAAUCCUGAUGAACUUGAGCGUUGGUUCACAAAAAUUGAUCAUAUCUUUGAACAUACACGAGUACCUCAAAUCGGAGAGGUUCUUACCCCAUUUUACAAAAUCAGUGUUGACAAAGGACAACGGCAUCAUCUUCCCAUUAUCAGUCACAUAAACUACAACUUUUCUGUUCACGCCAUUGAAAUGGGUGAAAAGGUCACUUCAAUCUUUGAGCAUGCCAUCAAUGUUUUGGCUCGCAAGGAUGACAUAUCAAGUAACAGUGAUGAGAAGGAUGCGCUUUGGCAAGUUGAUAUGGAUAUGAUGGAUGUUAUUUUCACAAGCCUUGUUGAAUACCUGGAACUCGAUAGCGCUUAUAACAUUUUCGUUCUGAAUCCCAAGCACGACUUGAAGAGAGCUAAAUAUGGCUAUCGGAGAGGUUUAUCGGAGUCAGAAAUAGAUUUCCUGAAAAAGGAUAAAAAUCUACAGACGAAGAUAUUGGAGUCGGGAAAUGUUCCAGAAAGUGUCCUUGCACUCGAAAAGAUCAAGAGACCUUUGUAUGAAAAGCAUCCUAUGGCGAAAUUUGCUUGGACAGUUGCCGAGGAUGCUGAUACGGCCGAAUGGUAUAACAAUUGUCUGGAUGCGCUCAAUAAUGUUGAAAAGUUGAACCAAGGGAAAGACACUUCUGAAAUCAUCUUGAACAAAGCUUUGCAGCUUAUGAAAGGAAAAAAUAAAUACAUGAAGCUUCUUUUGGAGAAGGAACUAAAAGCUGGGGACCUUGCUGGAGUUCAACCAGAAUGUCUCACAGAUACCUGGAUCGGGAAGGACAGGUGGGCUUUCAUCGAUCUAUCUGCUGGCCCUUUUGCAUGGGGUCCUGCUGUUGGUGGGGAAGGCGUUCGCACAGAUCUUAGUCUGCCAAAUGUGGAAAAAACAAUUGGUGCUGUUACAGAAAUUUCUGAAGAUGAAGCUGAAGAUCGCUUGCAAGAAGCAAUCCAGGAAAAGUUUGCUAUAUUUGGUGAUAAAGAUCACCAGGCAGUUGAUAUCCUUCUUGCUGAAAUUGAUAUCUAUGAGCUUUUUGCUUUCAAGCAUUGUAAAGGAAGAAGAGUUAAGCUAGCACUUUGUGAAGAGCUUGAUGAGAGAAUGAGGGACUUGAAAAAUGAACUUCAGUCCUUAGAAGGUGAAGAAAAUGAUGAGAGUCAUAAGAAGAAGGCCAUGGAGGCAUUGAAACGAAUGGAAAACUGGAAUCUUUUCACCGACACCCAGGAGGAUUUCCAGAACUACACUGUUGCACGAGAUACCUUUCUUGCACAUUUAGGUUCAACUCUUUGGGGGUCAAUGCGCCACAUAAUCUCACCUUCGAUUGCUGAUGGUGCAUUCCAUCACUACGAGAAGAUAUCAUUUCAGUUGUUCUUUAUAACACAAGAGAAAGUUAGGACUAUUAAACAACUACCCGUGGAUCUCAAAGCUAUCAUGGAUGGGCUUUCAUCUUUGUUAUUACCUUCGCAGAAACCUAUCUUCAGCCCAAAUUUGUUAUCGCUUUCAGAGGAUCCUGCUUUAGCCAUGGCUUUUUCAGUGGGACGACGAGCUGCAGCUGUCCCACUCUUGCUUGUGAAUGGAACUUAUAGGAAAACCAUUCGGACAUAUCUUGACUCCUCCAUUCUUCAGUAUCAGUUACAGAAGCUGAAUGACCAUGGUUCUCUAAAAGGAGCACAUGCCCAUACCAGAUCCACACUUGAAGUUCCCAUCUUUUGGUUUAUUCAUGGAGAGCCAUUAUUAGUUGACAAGCACUAUCAGGCAAAAGCGCUUUCUGACAUGAUCGUUGUUGUUCAGUCCGAGCAAUCAUCAUGGGAAAGUCAUCUCCAGUGUAAUGGGCAAUCACUACUGUGGGACUUGAGGAGACCCAUAAAAGCUGCUCUGGCUGCUGUUUCGGAACAUCUAGCCGGCUUACUUCCUCUUCAUCUGGUCUACAGCCAUGCACAUGAAACUGCAAUUGAGGACUGGAUAUGGUCAGCUGGAUGCAAUCCAUUCUCCAUUACAUCUCAAGGCUGGGACAUCUCACAGUUCCAUUUGGAUACAAUUGCGCGGAGUUAUAUAAUCACCACGCUUGAGGAGUCUCUACAGCUAGUCAAUUCUGCUAUACGUAGUCUACUCAUGGAAAGGACAUGUAUCCUUCUGCCAUUGUUUACUGCUUCUGUUUCAAAAUUCUGCUUUAUGUGUGGAUUUUGAGAAGUAUAUAUAUUUUUCGUGCUGUUAUUAUCCAUUAUAUGUUGCUUCUGCUCUAAAAGUACGUACAAGCUUUUCCAUUCUGAAGAGAAAGAACUUGUGAACAAGUAUAACUAUGUUGUCAGUUUGUGGAGAAGGAUUGCAACUGUUACCGGAGAACUGCGUUAUGUGGAUGCCAUGAGACUUCUUCUUACCUUAGAGGAUGCAACUAAAGUGUUUUCUGAGCAAGUGAAUGCAACCGUUGCUCUUCUGCAUCCGAUUCACUGCGCAACAGAGCGGAAAGUGCAUGUGGUUUUCGACAUGACAACAAUUCCUGCUUUUCUGAUCGUUGCUGGUCUUCUAUAUGUUGUGUUGAAGCCAGGACGGGCGAAGCCCAAGAUUAAUUAGUGGAAAGACUAAGGGUGUCCACGCCUUCUUAAAAAAUCAUCCUGGGAUGGAGAUCGUUAGUUCGAAUUGGACACAUCUAUCCCUAACACACAGGUUUCACCGAAUACACACCUUAGAUCAUUUUCGGUUGAAUACUACCACUGUUGAGGCUGGUGGUUAAAAUUUAUCUCUUUUCCUUUUCAUUUUGUGGGUGAAAUAGGAUUUUCAAGAACGUAGCCUGAAGUUAGAUGAUGUAACAAGACUGCACUUGCUAUGCUUGUAAGUGCUGUUGCAAGUACAAAGAGCCUGAGUUGUAUCAUUUUGGCCAUACAUUUUGGAACAGAGUAGUUUCUGUCUUUCUGAUGAUGUAUUGAGCAGCCUGGGAAAGUUUUGCAGCUUAGAAGUUUCUGUUUGCAUCAUUCAGUUUGUUAGAUGUGUAGCCAUAGGGUUUUCUAAUCUAUCGUCUUUAAGGUGUCCCAGUAAUUCGGAUUCAAAGUGUUGCAAUGACAAUGCUCUCCUCCUCGAGGCCUCGAUCAUUUAUCUAGUUUUUCUAGUAUUCUUCAUCCAACUGUAAGGCCGAAACUGAGUUUUCUUGUGUAUCCCCAGUUUUGAAAUGUGUUUAGAUUUUGAUGUCGAAGUU